AUCUUAGCCCACACACAGUCGCCAGUGGCAGUUGCACUCCUCCAGACAAGUGAAGACCAAAUUUACCAGUGACACGGUGUUUGUAGAUUACCCUUUUGGGACCAUUCAGGCUAUACUUCCCGAUCAUCUGAUUGCCGCCCGCUGAUUGGUCUCCGCUUCAGCAUCAAUUUUACUCUCUUCGGCAAUCCACUUUUUUCUCCGUCCCGAUUCUAUCCAUCUCUUCCAUCCUUAUCCUUCCUCUCCUCUCCUCCUCCCCUUGGACAUCCUCCCUCCCUCCAUCGCCGCCAACCAUGUCCAAGGCCACCUUCGCGGCCAUCGCCGCCGCCAGUGCCGCCACGGGCGCCGGUCUGACGGCUCUCUUCUACUCUCCUCGACCCCAACCACAACAGCAGCAGCAACCACUCCCCCAACAACAACUCCCUCCACACCCUCCGACCACCACCACCUCCAAACUCCCCGCCCCUCAACCCGCCGCUCCCUCUCUCGCCCCCAAACCCACCCCAACCAGCGGCUCCCCCGUCGACCCAGCCGGCAUCUAUCAAUAUGGCUUCCCCGGUCCGGUAGCCGACACUCUCCUCUCGGCGCCCCUAGCCGGCGCCUACGACCGUCGCACACGCAACCCAUCCUGGGUGGCCGAACACAUCACCCCGCAGUCCCUGGCGCAAAAGAACGCCGACCGCAAGGGCAGCACAUUCUUCGAAGACACCACGAUCCCGCCGCUAUUCCGCGCUAAACUGUCCGACUACUUCCGCUCCGGCUACGAUCGCGGCCACCAGGUGCCCGCCGCGGACGCCAAAUGGUCGCAGGACGCCAUGGACGCGACGUUCGCGCUGUCGAACAUGUGUCCGCAGGUCGGCGAGGGAUUCAACCGCGACUACUGGGCCCACUUUGAGGAGUUCUGCCGGGACUUGACGAAGAAGUACCCCUCCGUGCGCGUGGUUACUGGUCCUCUUUACCUGCCUCACCGCGACCAGGAUGGAAAGUGGCGUGUCUCGUAUGAGGUUAUUGGAAACCCGCCGAAUGUUGCUGUCCCGACCCACUUCUACAAGGUCGUGUAUGCGGAGGAGGGUCCCGCUACGGCGGGUAAGGUUGCGCUGGGUGCGUUUGUGCUCCCUAAUGCUAGGAUCUCGAAUGAUAAGCGCUUGACGGAGUUUGAGGUGCCGCUUGAGGCUGUGGAGCGGGCUAGUGGUCUGGAAUUUGCGGCCAAGUUGGAUGCUGGACGCAGGAAGAGACUUUGCCAGGAGGUUAAGUGUGAUGUUGUCGUGAGGGAGUUUAACAAUGCCAGCAAGAAGAAAUAGAUCUGGUUUGGUGGUGUAGAUUGAGAUAUGGAGGGUUUGUGGAUAGUGAGUUGGAAGGGAAGGGGUUUCCUUCAUUUGUAUUGUAGACUUAUCAUUAUUCCCUUUGCAUGGCCUGGGAUAUCAUUAGGUCGAUUUCGGCUCUGUAUAGAUUGACAUUGCAUCUAUAUAUGUAUACAUAUUGAUUGCACAUGA